AUGAAGGCCGCCGACGGGGCGGCGGGCGCCGGGCAGCAACGGGCAGGAGACGGCGGCGGAACCGCGGGGCGACCACCGGUCGGGAACGGCGGGAGGCGGAGGAGGCGAAGGGAGGGAGGCGGCAGGCAGCGAGCGGCGGCUAACGCCCGGGAGCGGGACCGCACGCACAGCGUCAACACGGCUUUCGGCGCCUUGCGGACGCUCAUCCCCACCGAGCCGGCAGACCGCAAGCUGUCCAAAGUGGAGACGCUGCGCCUGGCUUCCAGCUACAUCUCGCACCUGGCCAACGUGCUGCGACUGCAGAGCCCCGCCGCCCCGCAGCCCUGCCCGCAGCGCCCCAUCUGCACCUUCUGCCUCAGCGAGCAGCGCAAGAGGCACCGAGAGGCCGAGGGGCCGCUGGCGGUGUGAGCUGCAGACCGAGAAGCUCGCGGCGGAGGGAAGCAGAAUCCUGCAGCGCCCUCCGACAGUUACUUCUUCAGCCCUCGCGCUUCGGUUUGCGCCUCUGCGGGUUUGUUCGUGGGCACCGUGAGCAUGAAACCGAACCCUGCGGACACGCUUGCACCUGGCACAGCAGCUAUUUUCGCACAAGAAACGUUAAACCUGAGCAUCCCGGCGGCCCCGUUGCCUCCCCAACCUGUGUCACAUGGUGGAACCUGACCCGCCCCACGCACCGCCGGCAGGGGCUGACACGAGGCCGCCCACUCCUCCGCACGACCCCAUCAGCAGCCCCAGGGAAACGUUCCUUUGGUGUGUGGGAAGCUCCCACUGCCAGCACUUCGUGCCCCAGCCCGGCAGCACGUGAUGCUUUUCCCUUCUUAACAGAGCAGCUCCCCCCCAGCCCUCCUAAUAGCAACGGGUAUUGGUAUGACUGGCAGCAACUGUGUGAUAGAGGGGGGUUCCCAAGGGCUCUCUAAAAUUACCCAUUACCCAGGCAGUUCCUAUGUUGUGCCUGUACAACACUGGUAUCACCUGUCUCCCUGCCAUUUAUUAGCUUGCAUACUGCGUGCUUGCUUUUCAACAAAACUAAAAAGCAGAUGUGCAUGGGAUGGUUUUUGUCCAUGAAUAAAGUGGCAAGCUAGACA